AAUGCUUAAGGGUCUGUACUUAUAACCAGCAUCAUUUGCCGAUUUGGAUUUUCGCCUUCAAGACGUUGACAUUGCAUUUCAGAAUAUUUGUUUACAAAUUGAAAAUACAUACUGAUUUGAAGAAUCAUAAAAGUCUUUUUUUUGCUGUUUACUGGUAUGGGGGACGAUCUUAGUCUCGUAGUAAUUGCCUGUCUUCUGGUUGUUUCGCGAUUUUCAGUUCCAGUACACGGCAAUUGCAGCAGUUCGCCGCCAGUGUCUUCCAAUUCAUGGGAAGGAACUAUUCAGAAUGCUAACUAUGGCGUAGCAGCCUAUCAAAACCUACAAUCUUGUUGGUGGACAGUGAAAGUGUCAGAGGGAAGCCAUAUUAAACUAAAUUUCGUCAACUUCCAUCUUGAACCAGGUGGUACUGAGCAAGGUUGCUAUGACUAUGUUGAGAUUAUAGCUGAAGGCGAAUCACCGACGUCGCUUGGUAAAUGGUGCGGAGAAAAUCUUCCGGGUACUAUAGAGUCCCCUGGCAACCAUGUAACAAUACAUUUCUUCAGUGAUAACACCAAUGCCUUUUCAGGGUUUAAACUCAAUUACACAGGAGUAUGUGAUGGUAUCAUAGACGCAACAAACGGUGGGGCCCUAGAAAGCCCGAUGUACCCAAACCCACCGACCAACUUAAUAAUCAAUUGCAAUUGGAAACUCGGUACUGAGGACGGCUACAAGAUUGUACUAAAGUACGAAGAUUAUGAGGUGUACAUUGAUAGCUGCAACAACGACUUCUUCAAGGUUUAUGAUGGAGUAGACGCUACCGCAACAAUGUUCCCAACUACAUGUGGCAACAACAGGCCGAUAGAUACCUCGACCGGCAGCGACCUUUAUAUCUCAUUCUCUGGAAGUGAACAUUCUGAGUUCAAACUCAAUUACACUGUCGAACGAAUACUUCCGUGUGAGUCCAACCAAUGUCUAAAUGGUGGAUCUUGUUCCAACAUUAAUGACACGGAAUUCAGCUGCUCAUGCGCAAGCGGGUUUACAGGUGCGUUGUGCGAGAAAGAUGUAAAUGAGUGCGAAUCGAAUCCAUGCGUAAACGUUCGAGAAUGCGUGAAUGAAAUCAACCAAUUUCGAUGCAUUUGUGAAGAUGGUUAUUAUGGUGUUACUUGCAUUGAAGAUAUUGAUGAAUGCCCGUGUGUGAACGGCGGGUCGUGUAGUGAGACCAUAAAUGGGUUUACUUGUGAAUGCGUCGAUGGCUACCGUGGGGAAAAAUGUGAACUAGAUUCGGAAAUACCGUUCUGUGAUGCAGAACAAGACAACUUUGAUGGCAGUUACAUUUCAUGGAACCGAGCAGAUCCAAACCAAGUAGACACACAAAAAUGUCCUGAAGGGGCACAAGGUCUAGCAACACGCAGAUGUGAGGUCAUUUCUGACGACCCUAUAGGAGUUCAAUGGGGCAAUCCAAAUUUGACUGAAUGCAUCAGUCCUGAGUUUGCUGCGCUCAGCAUACUGGUUGACGAACUUGGAGAAGCGCCAACAGAGGAUGCUCUUCUAAACGUUCUAAGUGAGGUCCAGAACAUCACCAGAACAUCCAAUGAAUCCACGCUCUUUCCUGCUGAUCUGAUUGAAGCCACAGACGCUCUUGCAACUAUUGCGUCCGCUGCAAGUAACACUGAUGUCGAGGAUGUUGAUAGCCUUGUGCAGUUGUUUGGUGAGAGUGUUGACAAUGUGGUCGAUCCAUCUACAGAGUCUGCCUGGAAGAAUACCAACGACCCAGAUAAGGCCGCCCAAACGGCCACAUCGCUUCUAAGCUCUACUGAAUUGUUGGCUGAAACAAUAGCGAAGAACAAAUUAGCAAAGAAAUUAAAUGGUUCGGCAGAUGAAAGUGACGAUCAGACUUUAGUACAACUGAAGAAUCUUGAUUUGAAUAUCCAGGUAAUAAAUAACGCAAGUGGAAGUAACACAGGAAGCUUUAUGUUUGGUGGCGAAGAAGUUGAUGGCGAACAAAGUAGCAGUAUCUCUAUGCCAGAAUCAAUCUUGGAUGUUGACACAGACAAUGAACCAGAGUUUGUUGCAAUCUACAGUGCUAGAUUUAAGACCAUCGGUAGCCUACUAAACGCAUCAUCGUCUGGUGCAGAUGACCAGCAAAAAUAUGUAAAUGGUGACAUCGUGUCAGGAAAAAUCAUUGGUUACCAAAACGUCAAGUUUCAAAACCUCAAGGAUCCAGUAGUAAUUGUGAUAAAACAUACCAAUGAUUCAAAUAAUAAUCCAACAUGUGUGUUCCUAAAUGAAGAUUCUACUUGUCCUUUGCAGGAAAAGUUACAUGAAGGGCAUGAGAUAGCCUUAUCCGUGUUGUCUUACAUUGGUGGAACGCUGUCAAUCAUCGGAUGUCUCUUGUCAAUCUUCAUUUUUGAAUUCUUCAAAUUGAAGUCGGAUCGUAUCAGAGUGCAUGAGAAUCUUUCCGGGGCCAUAGCUGCUAGUCUUGUAGUCUUUCUUGUGGGAAUUGACAGGACAGAGAACGUCUAUGUCUGUAAGUCGUUCGCAAUUCUUCUGCACUUCCUCUUGACGGCGAUGUUCAUGUGGAUGUUGGUGGAGGGUAUCCAUUUGUAUUUGGCAUUAGUCAAAGUUUUUGGAACAUCCAGCCACAUCAAAAAAUAUCUUGUCCUAGGAUGGGGUGUUCCGCUGGUAGUGGUCGGAAUCUCUGUCGGUGUAUUCUUUGACAAUUAUGGGUCUGAUACUAAGUGUUGGUUAUCAACUGAAAUGCUUCUCAUUGUAUUUGUUCCAACCGUUGCUCUCGUGGUCAUUCUGAAUACUGCCGUGUUGAUCAUUGUUGUCCGCGUGAUGCUGCACUCUCUUUCUGCUAAAGACAAGAUCAAGGGUAACAGUCAAGAUCAGGAAACGUCACAAAUCAAAACCAGCUUGAAAGCAGCUCUGGUUCUGCUACCGUUGCUCGGCCUCACUUGGGUUUUUGGUUUCUUGUCAGUGAAUAAAUAUACUAUUAUAUUCACCUAUUUAUUUGCUAUAUGUAACUCAAUUCAGGGAGUGAUCUUCUUCUUGUUUCAUUGCCUAAUGAACGUUGAAGUGAAGAAGGCUUAUCAGCGUCGCUACCGUAAGUCAAUGGCCACUUCAAGCAGCAUGAGUACUACGACAACGUCACGAGUGAACCAACCAGGUUAUCGUCGCCCAUCAGAUCUUGUCAAACGUCGCACGUCUGUCUCCAGCCAAGAGUCGUACGCAUACGACAACCCGGUUGCCGAUACAACUUUCGACGGGAAAACAGUGAAACGUAACAACGAGGAGAAUGAACUGAAGAAGAAAGCUCUGAAACCUGACCCUAUUAAAGUGAAUGAUAUCAAGAUGGGUUUGUCUACAGGAACGGAGACACCCGAUAAGGAGAAGGGCCUUGUUGAGGAGGCAAAGGUUGCUAUGGAAACCAUCCUUGAGAAGCAAAAUAAUGCGAAUACCAUCAGUGGUAAUAUGGUGUAAAAAGAGACAAUAAUUUACAUAUUUAAAUCAAUUAGAUAUGGUAUUCCAUAAAAUUACAAAGCACGAUGAGGAUUAAGGAUCCGAUAUAUUUUUAAUUGAAAAGUGGAUUUAGUCGAUGAUAACGGAUCGAUUAUAUAAAUAUCUAUAUUUAUCUAUAAUAGUGUCAUGUAAUUGUCAGUGGGUUGAAAUCGUUGUACAGUAAGUUAAUAUACUAAGCAUUUAAACCUUUUUAAACAGAAUCACGAACACUCAGAGUUAGAUAAUGUAUAGUCAAUAUUUAUAACCGUAUGCGUUUGAAGGACGUCAUGUUUAAUCUGUGUUCUAUUUUCUCUAUGAUCUAACCAUAAACAUGAAACGUCGGACGCAAUGACAAUGCUUUUAGCUGAAUUUGAGGCAAGUCAUAAUGUGCUUGGGUUUUUUCCAGUUUAUUUACUCGUCUCUCACUCUCAGCCUAGUAGUCUAGUUAGGCCCUACUUGUUUGGUUGCGGUGAAUGAUGAUAAUAAUUGGCCCGUGCUAAAUUAAUAGUUAAAUGGACAUGAAUACUUUCCAUGGAGCAGAAGAGUGUGAACGUGGUACAUGACCGUAUCAAUGUCUAGUAAACAUGACGUGACAUUUUCCUAUGCACAUGUACACAACUCUAAUAAUAUUAUUAGUACAGUAUAUUAAUUAUGAUAGUUAUGAUAGUUAUAUAUAAUAACUAUCAUAACUAAUAUACUAAUAAUAUUAGUAGUAUAUUAAUUAUGAUAGUUAUUACCGUAUAUAUAAUGCGAAACUAGCCAUGAUAAAUAGUUUAGUAUGAUAAGUAAAUAGUAUAGUAUACAAUAUUAUAAUUUUACAUCUUGAGAAUAAUAUAUUUAUUUUAAAAUUAAAUAGGCAAUGUAGCAUGUGUUUUUGUUGUACGUUUAACUUGAAAACUAUUGCGAUAUACAUAUUUCUUGAGGUAACUAUUAUACAUUUUGAAACUAGUGCAUAUUUAACAAGUAUUUUUUUCUUCAACAUUGUUUACCAACAAUAACAUCAUUAAUCAUAUACAUAAUCAAUUUGCCAAUAGUAAAGCAUAUGAAUGAGAAAUAUGAAAAUUAAAGUCACAAGUUUGUUUAGAACAAAAUAAUAGUUAUUGAAAUUAAUGGUUUGGAUCAGGUCUAGAAGCGUCAUAUUUCAUAUUUUAGUUUUCCGUACCGUUUUAAUAAGA